AUGGAUGAUGUUAAGGCUCCUAAUGUGUUUGAGAGAGCAAAGGAGGAGUUUCACGCCCUUGCUCAUAUGUUCCAUCACAGGAAAAAUGAUCCAACUUGUGAUAUAAGUGAUGAAAAUCAAAUGGCCGAUUCAUCAAAACACAAAGAAGAAACCCCAAGCUCUUUAUCAGAAACAAAAGCAAAGGCAGCAAGGAUAUUUGAGAGAGCUAAGGGAGAGAUUAAAGCCAUCAUACAUCAUGACAAAUCAAAACACCAUUAUAAAGAAACUCAUGGAAGGAAUGAUAAUAUUAAUGAGGAUGCCCCUAACAAUCCCUAA